ACUUCCCCAAUCUCUCUCUCUUUCUCUUUCUCUCUCUAUUUUCUUCCCUAAUUUUCUCUGCGUCCAAACAGAAUACUUAGGGCACACUCCAUUGCUUAAUUGCCUCGCUAAUCAUUCGCAAGCCAAGUUGAGAUUCCAAAAUUUGCCUCCGACUGUAUACGUAUAUAUAUAUAUUUGUGUAUUGUUAGGGAUUGUGAUUGGCUGAGUUUACUCGGAAGGAAGGAUGUUCUUCUCCGGCGAUCCAUCGAACCGGAAGCGAGUCGACUUGGGAGGCCGGAGCACCAAGGAGAGGGACCGCCAGAAGCUUCUCGAGCAGACCAGGUUAGAGCGGAACCGCCGGUUAUGGCUGCGCCAGCAGAACUUAGCCGGAAUCAAAAUUCAGAAAUGCUUCAGAGGGAGAAAGGUUGUGGCAGCUGAACGUUCCAGGGUGCGACAAGAGUUCUAUGGAAAGUAUGGGACGCUUUGCCAAAAUGUGGACAGGAACUGUUUUGGUGUGCGCUCAGAAUUUUUGCGCGAGUUACUUUAUUUCUUUGACGCUCGAAAUGCUGGUGAUAUUUCUACCCUUGUGGAGACAUGCCGAUUGCUUCAGCAAUUUGCCCAAGACAGUGGCAAUAUUGUGGGCCUUUUUGCCGGCAUGGAUUACUUAUACAACCAUGCUUUAGUGGAUUACAGAGUAAAGCAACUUGCACACAUUUGUCUCAAGGCUAUACACCAAAACAGAAAUCAAAUGAAGAAUCAACUUUUUGCAACACCUGAAGAACCAAGCACAUCUACAACGGUGUUGCUAGAAGCAGUAGUUCUUCUGAUUAAUCCAAAACUUCCAUGGGUUUGUAAGACGGUUGGUUAUCUGUUGCAGAAUAAGGCAUUUUCCCUGUUUAGAGAGAUCGUUCUAACAGGAAAGCAGGAGAAUAUCAACUCUUAUACUUGCAGUGGAAAAGUGUCUUCAUUGGAACGUGUGCUUGUCUUCAUGAUUUCUCACACCAGCUUCAAACCCUGUAUUUGCCCAAAUAUUGAUUCACAGUGGAGUUUCUCAUCUCAAAUUCUUACCAUUCCUUUCUUGUGGCAGCUUUUCCCAUAUCUGAAAGAGGUUUUUGCAUCUAAGGGGCUGUUCGAAGCUUACCUUCAUCUGAUGGCCUGCUGUAUUCAGAAUGAUGCUAAUGUGCUUCCUAAUGAUAUAUCAAACGAGUUUCCUGGUUAUGGUUGUCUCCUUGGAAAUAUAUUAGAAUCUGCAGGAGUUGCUUUAUCUCUGCCUGAUUUCUCCUUUGAUAUGGCUGUAGACCUUGCUGCUGUUGCAACGUUCUUGUUGGAAGUUCUCCCUUCCAUGAAAUCUUCAAAUAGAGAAACUAAAGAAAGUUCCAUGCAGGUUGAUGAUGAUGCUGGUGUAGGUGAUGAAUUAGUGGAAAUAGUUUUGAAUAGGGAUUUGGAGCAACAGAUUUGUGAUGCUAUAGAUCCACGCUUUCUUCUACAACUAACAAAUGUUCUAUUUGGAGGAAUUUCAAGUGUCAACUAUUUACAUAAUGAUCCAGACGACAGAGAGGUUGCAGCAGUUGGUGCAGCUUGUGCUUUUCUGCAUGUCACCUUCAACUCUUUACCUCUUGAAAGAAUCAUGACUGUACUAGCUUACAGAACUGAACUUGUUCCAGUGCUCUGGAAUUUUAUGAAGCGGUGCCAUGAGAAACAGAAGUGGACAUCCUUGUCUCUUCAAUUCUCAUAUCUAUUGUCAGGAGAUGCGCCUGGUUGGUUGUUUCCUCUGGCAGUUUUUUGUCCCGUGUACAAGCAUAUGCUUAUGAUUGUUGAUAACGAGGAGUUCUAUGAACAAGAAAAGCCACUUUCGCUGGAGGAUAUCAGAUGCCUGAUUAUUAUACUAAGACAGGCCUUAUGGCAGCUUCUAUGGGUGAAUCCUACAACUUCAAAUACUGUGAAAUUUGGUACCAACGCCAACACUAAGGGACACACCGUGGAAGUCCUUCAACACAGGGUUAGUGUUGUUGCCUCUGAGCUCCUCUCUCAGUUGCAAGAUUGGAACAAUAGGAGGCAGUUUGCUCCUCCAAGUGACUUUCAUGCUGAUGGUGUCAAUGAGUUCUUUAUUUCUCAGGCUGUUAUAGAAAAUACCCGAGCAAAUGACAUAUUGAAGCAAGCUCCCUUCCUUGUACCAUUUACAAGCAGAGUUAAAAUAUUCACCUCACAAUUGGCAGCAGUAAGGCAAAAGCACGGUUCUCAUGCUGUUUAUACCAGAAACCGAUUUAGAAUACGACGCGAUCGCAUUCUGGAAGACGCUUACAAUCAGAUGAGUGCUUUAUCUGAGGAGGAUCUUCGUGGACCGAUACGCGUAACAUUUGUUAAUGAAUUUGGAGUCGAGGAGGCUGGCAUUGAUGGCGGGGGGAUUUUCAAAGAUUUCAUGGAAAACAUUACUCGAGCAGCCUUUGAUGUGCAGUACGGGCUCUUUAAGGAAACAGCUGAUCACCUGCUUUACCCUAAUCCUGGAUCAGGAAUGAUACAUGAACAGCAUCUCCAAUUUUUCCAUUUUCUUGGAAUCCUUCUUGCAAAGGCAAUGUUUGAAGGGAUUCUCGUUGAUAUACCAUUUGCAACAUUCUUUUUAAGCAAAUUAAAACAGAAGUACAACUACUUAAAUGAUUUGCCUUCCUUAGACCCAGAACUGUAUCGCCACCUUAUAUUCUUGAAGCAUUACAAGGGGGACAUUUCAGACUUAGAACUGUACUUCGUCAUCGUAAAUAAUGAAUAUGGAGAGCAAACAGAAGAAGAGCUACUUCCAGGGGGCAAGAACUUGCGUGUCACUAAUGAGAAUGUUAUUACAUUUAUACAUCUUGUCGCUAAUCACCGGUUGAAUUUCCAGAUACGUCAACAAAGUUCUCAUUUCUUGAGGGGGUUUCAGCAGCUUAUACAGAAAGAGUGGAUUGAUAUGUUUAACGAGCAUGAACUGCAGCUUCUGAUAUCAGGUUCACUUGCCAGCUUGGAUGUUGAUGAUUUACGAGUAAAUACCAACUAUGCUGGUGGCUAUCAUAGUGAGCACUAUGUCAUUGAGAUGUUAUGGGAAGUUCUUAAAAACUUCUCUUUGGAAGAUCAGAAGAAAUUUCUCAAGUUCGUGACUGGUUGUUCUCGAGGACCACUGCUGGGAUUCAGAUACCUUGAGCCAUUAUUUUGCAUACAGAGGGCUGCUGGCAGUGCUUCUGAAGAAGCUCUUGACCGGUUACCAACAUCAGCUACUUGUAUGAAUCUUCUGAAGCUUCCACCGUAUAGAAGCAAAGAGCAGCUGGAAAAGAAACUUCUGUACGCUAUAAAUGCGGAUGCUGGUUUUGAUUUGAGCUGAGGAUUUUUCUCCAUUCGCUCUGUACGAAAUGCAAAUUUUGUGCUCCACACACUCGAAUGUAGCGAAGAACCAUUCUUACGUGGGUGAUAUACGACAGUGACGUCUGGAUGAAUCGAGUUUCAUGCUCGGAAGUGGCUAGGGCCAAGAAGGCUUCAAAGAGUACUACCAGGAUUGUAAAACCAGACGGAAAGCGGAAAUAGUAUAUGGGAUGUAUAUAUAUGUGUUUUCUGGAUAGCCUCCUGAUUUAACAUGUCGAUCUGUGUCAUCUGCAAUACACGUCUACUCUACUGUGCGAGGCUCACAGCCGUUGGACUGGUGGGGGGUGUGAUUCUUGUAAAAAAUAAAAAAAUAAAAAAAAAGGGAUAGGUGAUCAAGUUCUUUUACAAAUAUUGCUCAAAGACAAUCUUGCAAAUUUCUGUAAAUAAUAGUGGUUAUGACCAAUGUUGCUUCAAUGGUAAGGGCAUCCCCAAGUCAAGGCCCCUUAUGUUUAAGACGGUUAA